AAAUGUGUUUAGUUUCAGGUUUGAUGCAAACACUUCCUCAUCAACACUAAGGUAUCCAGGUUUGUUACUAGGUGACGGUACUUGUGUGGGGAGAUGGAGGUGGCGGUGAAAGGGAAGGCCAAGAGGAAACACCUGAACCCCCAGGAUUGUGAUGAGCUGGGCCAGAGUGCUCUCACCGGAGCUCAGCCCCCCCACCAGGGGCCAGGAGGCCGCGGCCCCCACCAGGGGCUCCCCCCCAGGACCCCCAACAAACGACGGAAACCUGGACCUGCUGCCUUGGGAAGUCCUUCCGGCCAACAGAAAGUCAUCAACCACUUCUUCUCAGUGGAGAAAGUCAUCAGCACCAGUCCACACAAGUCCCCGAAGCCCUCCACGUCCUCCCUUCCCAUGGAGGAAGAAGAAGAGGACGAGGAUGAUGACGACGUCAGCCUGUUAGCAGUCCCGUUGGCGUCAGAUUUUCACACGAAUGUUGAACAGGAGGACGAGAUUGAUGACGAAUGUCUACUGGCUAUUGAAAUGGCGCCCCAUCACGAAGAAAAGAAGGACCAGGAGAUUGAUUUUCUGGAGGGACUCACAGCGGAGAUGUUUGGGAAUGAUGAUGACUUUGAAGAAUUGUGCAUGCAGAGCAAGGAGGAGGAGGUGGAGCCGCUCCCCGACGCCCACUACGGCCUCCUGGGCACCAACACCCGCCUGCUGCAGCCCCAGGGCUGCAUGGACGACCUCCCCGAGGAGGUGCUGAGACAGGUGCUGUCCCUCGUCCCUGCUCGGGACAUCUAUUGCAAUGUGAGCCUCGUCUGCCAUCAGUGGAAGAACAUCGCCCAGGACCCCAAGUUUGUGCCAUUCAAGAAGCGCUAUUACCGCUACAUGAUGGGGGAAAAGCAGGCCGAGCUGGAGAUCUUAUCCAUCCUGAAGAGAUAUAAGAUGACCAGUUCUUUCCACUCCCAAUACAGCAUACAAAACGUUGUCAUUGUAAUGUCUAAACAUAAAGUGGGAGAGUUUGUGAGGCCAGAGCGUGUUCUGGAGUGUGUUAAGAAGCAUCGGCUUUAUCCCCAGGCUGAAGCCUCCGUCAGAUUACGCUUCUCUGGCAAUCAUAAGCCUCACAACCUCGGCAUUGAGGGUCCCAACCCGUACGCAGCCAUGGCCGUCAUCUUGGUCCUCAGUGAGAGCGUGGGAGAUGUUCAGGCCCUGGUGUCGCUGCUCUCCGGCUGCAUGUCGCUAACAGCCGUCACCGAGUACCUCAGUCACAUGGCCACGAUGCUGCUGGCCUUGGAGAGGAACAACGUUCAUAUCAGCAAUCGGCCGCAUUACAACAUCUAUUAUGUCCUUCACCUCCUGGAGAAUGGACCCUUUCCUGUCAGCUCUGGGCCUAAAGGGAGUUCCCAGCUCUACUUGACAGGAGAACAGCAGCAGAUCCUCAGCCACAAUAUCAAGAACGACCACGUGGUGAAGAUCAUCGCAUUUGCAGGUACCGGGAAGACGACCACACUGGUGCAGUAUGCUCAGCAGCGGCCGCACCUCCGCUUCCUCUACGUAGCCUUCAACAACUCGGUGGCUUGUGAGGCACGUCAGCGUUUCCCCAGAAACGUGGACUGCAAAACUGUCCACUCUUUAGCCUAUAAUGACAUUGGAAAGCGCUAUCAGCAGCAUAAAAAGCUGGCCUUUAGCUUGAGACCGUUCUGCAUCAACUCCGUCCUGCCCGCUGGUAGUGGCGGCUUCGCCAACGCCAAAGUGGUGGCCACAACUCUCAACAACUUCCUGGCUUCAGCAGACCCGAGCAUCACGACGUCACACGUCCCCUCUCACUGCGUCAAGAAGAAAAUGAGGGUGAUGAUAAACCGCGAGGAUAGGCAGAUUUAUGCCGGAGAGACGGAGAAGAUCUGGAACAAAAUGAAGUGUCUGAAGGAGAGGUCAAAACAGGCUUAUUACAUGACCCACGAUGGUUAUCUGAAGUUAUGGCAACUCCAGGACCCAAAGCCGUGCUUGUCUGACUGCUACGACGCUAUUUUCAUCGAUGAGGCUCAAGACUGCACGCCAGCGAUCAUGGAUGUGCUUCUGGCUCAGCGCUGCGGGAAGAUCCUGGUUGGAGACCCGCACCAGCAGAUCUACACCUUCAGAGGAGCCGUCAACGCCCUGCACCUCGCCAACCACACUCACAUCUUCUACCUCACGCAGAGCUUUCGAUUCGGUCCUGAGAUCGCCUACGUGGCUGCAACCAUCCUCAAAGUUUGCAAGGGGGUUCAGAAGAUUCUCGUUGGAGGAAAGCAGAAGGACUGUGUGUUUAGUGAGACGGCCGGCAGAGCCGUUGAGGCGGCGCAGUCGGGUGUGAAUCAGAACCCGGGGAAGAUUGCUAUCCUGUCCAGAUGUAAUUAUGGAGUAUUCAGUCAGGCGGUCAAGCUCACCGACGCCAACCCAAACUGCAGGAUCCACUUCAUAGGAGAUGUCAAAAACAUCGGGCUCCAGAAGGUCAUGGACAUCUACCAACUGAUGACUCAGCAGAAGAAGGGGACCAAAUCAAAAGCGAUAGUGGACCCCCUGGUUCGGGGUUUUUCCCAGAAAAAGGAGAACCCCUUUGGAGCCUUUAAGCAUUACGUGGCACUAACUGAAGACAAAGAGCUGGAUGGAAAAAUGAAACUCGUGGAGACCUUCUUCAGUCGCAUCCCCGAACUGGUCGCACGUCUGUAUUCCUGCUUCGAAAGUGACGUUCGGAAAGCAGACUUCAUCGUGGGAACGGUCCACAAGGCCAAAGGUCUGGAGUUUGAUACCGUCAUCAUCACCGACGACUUUGCCUGCGCGCCCAGUUCAAUCCACAACCUGUCCGACACUUCUACAUUCUCGUUUGCUGAUAUUCCUUCUGACGAGUGGAACCUGGUGUACGUGGCGGUGAGUCGAGCCAAGACGUGUCUGGUCGCCACCACGGACCUUCUACGCACUCUGACGUUUGCUCGGGAAUACUUCCUCAGGUCGCGGAUGCUCGUUUCCAUAGAGACGGACGGUUCUCCUCUGCAGUGCUGCAUCCCAGAUUGUUCCAAUGGAAUCACGGCGGGCCUGCCGUUCAUGAUAUACAAACAAAAAAUGCCUUGUACCAAUAGGGAGACUUGCGGUGGGCCGCUGUGUGAAAAAUGCGCGUGGAAGCGCAUCGGGCCCACCGCCUACCUCAUGGCAGACGACGUGUUUUCAGUCAUGAGACGACGGCGACGGCAGCCGUCCCAUAAUGACAUAUUUCCGGGGCAUUUCAUCGUCUACUGGGGAGACUGAGUUACCUCGCAAACAGCCGGGAUUUAAGUUCACUCACCAGAGACACUGGAGCGGACGAGAGACUGAGAACCGCUUUUACUUUGCAGUCUCACCUGAAACGGUUUUAAUCUUGUUUUAUCUUAACACCAUGUAAAUUGAUGUUAAAGCAGUGGAGUUGCAAAGUGCAACCAGUUAUUGUGUGACAUGUAUAUGUAGACCAACACUGCUUGCUUUGGAAGUUUGAUAAUUUCAGAAGCAGACAUUUUUAUAAAAGACGAGUAAUUGUUGAAGU